UUAAAUGGGGUUCAGGGAGAGACGCAGAUUAAAGUAGUUUGGGGGGAAACAAAGAGCCGGAGCGACGCGGAGAGGCGGAUGCUGGAGAAGAGUUCACACCAAACUUCUGCAAGCAAUUUCGGUUUUUCAGUGUGGAAACUUUCAACACAGAAAACAAAAUGCGUGGCCUGUUUUCCACCUUCAUCGUGGUGCUGGUGGCCUUAAUGAUCGUGACCACAGAGGCUGGGAAAAACAAGAAAGAGAGGAAUAAAGGAGGUAAGGGUGCUUCGGACUGUGGGGAUUGGCGCUUUGGCACUUGUGUGGCCAAUAACGCUGACUGUGGACCAGGCACAAGGGAAGGCACCUGCAAUGAGCAGACCAAGAAAGUCAAAUGCAGAGUACCCUGCAACUGGAAGAAAGGAUUUGGGGCCGACUGCAAGUAUAAGUUUGGAAACUGGGGCGAGUGUGACGCAGCCACAAGCACAAAGAACCGCACUGGCACUCUUGUAAAGGCUCUCUUCGAUGUCGUCUGUGAGCAAACCAUCUCUGUGUCCAAACCCUGCACCACCAAGGUCAAAAACAAACCCAAAGGAAAGAAAGGCAAAGGGAAAGGCAACUAAAGGGAGCAAGAGAUCCAGAGGAGCAGUAAACACCCCGUGAUCAUCCGUCAUCCAAACACGGCCUUUUAUAUCUCUAUACUCGGUGUUCUUCAGCAUGAGCGGACCUCGCACUACAGCCACAAACACAUAGCUUUAGAAGACUAUGACAGAGAACCAGCUGAGUAUUUGACACGUUACGUGACUCUUUCAAGUGAGGCGGAGGGGAGAAUAAAAUGCCGUUGUUUAGCGUGUGGUGCCCUGUAGUUGACCCAUUCCUCUGAUGUUUCCCUCCAGCACAGAUCUCUCUCUCUCGCUCUGUCUUUACUAUCUAUCAGCUGCCUCAGGCCUCUCAUUUGCUAAAGGACAACAAUCAGUAGAACUCAAUCAGACACAUCUAUUUUAUUACUGUUUUACUUACAAAUUUGGUUUUGUAAAAUUGUGUAAUUUACAGGAUUAUAUUACUAGCGGGGUAUACAAGUAGUGUUUUGGAUAAGUCACCCUUCUCUUUUUUGUAUCCUAAAAUAUAAAACUGAGGAGUGUUGUUUGAAAUAAAUGAUUUCUCUUUUUCUAUAAAAGGUGUAGUUUAUGUAAAAGCGAAAAUACCCCAGUACUGUUACUUUUCCUUUUGACUUGACUGUUACUAACAGAUCUGAGGGUGACAGGGGGUUGCCAGCACAGAUAAGAGACCGUUCUCUCCUGUGCAAACCUCUUUUAUAAGCAUUUAAGAAAGACGGUAAUGUUUUGUUACUGAGCGUUUGUGUUAAAUGUAGUGUUAACUAAAGGUAAAUGAGUGAUCAUUAUUAAAGACACUUGAGCCCUCCAAA